UGCCGAAAACCGCCGGGGACGAAGCUGCGGCGCCUCCGGGCAGCCGCUGUCUCCUCCUCCUCGGCCGCGGGCAGCCGCAGCUGGCGAGGGUGGGCCGGCAAUCGAGGUCCCCGGGGCGAGCCCCGGGGCUGCGGGAUCGCUCUCCGGGCUGCCCGGGGCGCUGCGGGGCCGCUGCCGGAGGGCUGUCUCCCGCCCGCCCUCCCAGGCCGCCGCCAUGGCGUCGUGCGGGGUUCUGCAAAGCUUCCUCUUCGAGUACGACACCCCCCGCAUCGUGCUGAUCCGCAGCCGCAAAGUGGGGCUGAUGAACCGCGGGGUGCAGCUCGCCAUCCUCGCCUACGUGAUCGGCUGGGUCUUUCUGUGGGAGAAGGGCUACCAGGAGACAGACUCUGUGGUCAGUUCUGUUACCACAAAGGUGAAAGGAGUGACACUGACAAACACGUCCACCUUGGGAGCCAGGAUCUGGGAUGUAGCUGACUAUGUCAUCCCUCCUCAGGAGGAGAAUGCUGUGUUUGUCAUGACCAAUGUGAUACUCACACCCAACCAGCGUCAAGGCCACUGCCCAGAGCUUCCAGAUGAUAAAACAGAGUGCAAGAGGAACAAAGACUGUGUUCCAGGAUAUGUCAGUACCCACAGCAGUGGCAUCCAGACUGGGAAGUGUGUAUCAUACAACAACAGCAUUAAGACCUGUGAAGUCUUGGCAUGGUGCCCUGUGGAGGAUGACUAUUAUAUACCCAAGCCAGCGUUCCUGCAAGAAGCUGAGAACUUCACCCUUCUGGUGAAGAACAACAUUUGGUACCCCAAGUUCAACUUCAGCAAGCGAAACAUCCUCCCCACUAUCAACUCCACCUACCUCAAGAACUGCAUCUAUGACUCCCAGACAGAUCCCUUCUGCCCUAUCUUCCGUUUAGGGCAAAUAGUUGAAGCUGCAGGGCAGAACUUCCAGGAAAUGGCUGUGGAGGGCGGAGUCAUGGCUCUGCAGAUCAACUGGAACUGCAACCUUGACAGAGCUGCUUCCCACUGCGUGCCCAGGUACUCCUUCCGGCGCCUCGACAACAAGGACUCUGCCCACACGGUCUCACCUGGCUACAACUUCAGGUUUGCAAAAUACUACAAGGAUAGUAAUGGCACAGAGUCCCGGACACUUGUCAAAGCUUAUGGCAUCCGCUUUGAUAUCAUAGUGUUUGGAAAGGCAGGAAAAUUUGAUGUGAUUCCUACCAUGAUUAACAUUGGCUCUGGCCUGGCACUGUUUGGUGUGGCAACAGUGCUGUGUGACAUUGUUGUUCUGUAUUGCAUGAAGAAGAGAUACUACUAUCGGGAGAAGAAAUACAAAUAUGUGGAGGAUUAUGAACUGGGACUCAAUGAGACGAACGGAAGAAGCCCCUGACCUGCCACAGCACCAGCUGCUGCUGUGAACAUUACACUGACCCUGCCAUGAGACCCACCCACAGGAAGGGGGGAACAAACCUGAGAAAGACAAAUUCUUCACUACUCUUUGCUACUUCAGUGGGCUGGAACCAACCCUAGAGAGAAGAACUGCUCCUUGUCUGCUGUCUUUCCAGGUUAAUUGCACUAAGCACAAAGGGAGAGUUGUGGUUUUUAUGCCAGGCCUCUCUGUGUUGUAACUCUGGAACAGGGACUGCUCUGGUCAUUUUGACAGUCUUCCUUUCCCUGAGCUCACAGGGCAAGAAGGACAAAUUCUUGUGAACCUGGCCCUUGCCAGAUGUUGCCUAACCUUGGGAGAGCAGCUCCUUGCUGUUGUCAAUCACUUUUCCUUGCCCUGAUGGAUUGUGAUGCUUAGCUGAGCCUGUGCCUACUAUUUAUUGUGUCUCCAAGUUUCAGUGGCCAUGGACUGAGGCAAAGCAGGGUCUGGUUCCAUUGUGCUAAGGUAAAUGGCUUACAGAUUUUUUCCUGUUUUGUCUAAUUUUUAUGACACUAUACAAUUUACUUUCUGUUUAAUAAAAUAUUACUCUCUGCCCUCUUGGAGUCCUGCAA